GUUGUAUCAAAACUGAAUCAAGAAAAGGGAGCAUCAGCUGUUGAUGUUUUAAAGAAACUUGGUUUUGGUGGAGUAUGGAAAGGUCUUGGUCCUCGAAUUGUUAUGAUUGGUACAUUAACAGCAGCACAAUGGUUUAUUUAUGAUGCAGUAAAAGUAUGGCUUCGUAUGCCUCGCCCACCCCCUCCAGAAAUGCCAGAAUCUCUCAAGAAGAAAUAUGGACUAGCUUAAUUAUCAAGCAUCAAUAUUUUUAAUUGAAUCAAUUACAGUUAGAGAAAAAGAACAUAGAUAAAUUACAUUAUUUCUUCAGUACAUUGUCGAACAAUGUUUUAUUAUACAUGUCAAGUAUUUAUUUGUAAUACUGAUAUCAGUGCAGGUCAUCACUGCCUAUAAAUUAGAUGUAAUAAUGUGCUACGAAUCAUAGUAAUUUACUAUCAGUGCUGAAAUUAUAAAAGAAAUAGCACAUUUAUAAAAAUCCGAUAUAGUGACAGUGAGUUACCUAUUGUAACCAAAAACUGUUACUUUGUAUAUAGAGCGAUCACCAUAAAUAAAUGAUUUGUGAUUGCUCAAUUAA